AUGAUUACACGAAACAUACCCAGGGCAGCGAUGCUCUCUUCGAGGGCAACGAUUUCGGGCUGUCAGCACCGGCACCUACCGCCAUGGCCCCCUCGAUUCCCCUCGAGCAGGAUUCGCGCGCUCAUCACCUCGACCCCGCGACGGGCCAGCGCUCCUCCCACUCCGCCGCCGUCGUCCACCAGCCCCGGCUCUCCUCAACCUGCCGCAGCGAAGCCUGCAAAGGACUUCUUGGCCACGCCGGACAAGACCAACCAGGAGCAGAGAAAGGCGGACUGGGCGAUAAUAAAGGAGAUGUCGCACUACCUGUGGCCCAAGGACGGCUUCAACACAAAGAUGCGCGUCGCGCUGGCUGUUUCUCUGCUGGUCAGCGCCAAGGUCCUCAACGUGCAGGUGCCAUUUUACUUCAAGAGCAUUGUGGACUCGAUGAACAUAGACGUUGGCGCCAUGGGUGGCACGGCCGCCGCGGUAGCGGGCUCCAUGAUCCUUGCAUACGGCGCGACGCGAAUCGGCGCAACCGUUUUCCAGGAGCUUCGCAACGCAGUCUUUGCCUCGGUCGCGCAAAAGGCGAUCCGCAAGGUGGCAGCCAACGUGUUUGACCACCUGCUGCGGCUGGAUUUGGCUUUCCACCUGUCCAAGCAGACUGGUGGUCUGACGAGGGCCAUCGACCGUGGAACCAAGGGCAUCAGCUUUUUGCUCACCAGCAUGGUCUUCCACGUCAUCCCGACGGCCUUGGAGAUCACCAUGGUCUGCGGCAUCUUGACCUGGCAGUACGGGGCGCAGUUUGCCCUCAUAACAGCCGUCACCAUGAGCGCAUACACUGCCUUUACCAUCUGGACCACGGCGUGGAGGACAAAGUUCCGGCGCCAAGCCAAUGCUGCGGAUAACCGUGCUUCUACCGUAGCUGUGGAUUCUUUGAUCAACUAUGAGGCCGUCAAGUACUUCAACAAUGAAAAGUACGAGGUCAAGCGCUACGAUGAUGCUUUGAAGCAGUACGAGAAGAGCUCCAUCAAAGUCGCGACCUCGCUUGCAUUCCUCAACAGCGGGCAAAACAUCAUCUUCUCAUCCGCACUGACUGCCAUGAUGUACUUGGGAGCAAAUGGCAUUGCUCAGGGCAACCUCUCGGUUGGUGAUCUGGUCAUGAUCAACCAGCUCGUGUUCCAGCUGUCAGUGCCGCUGAACUUUCUCGGCUCCGUCUAUCGCGAGCUGCGUCAGUCUUUGCUAGACAUGGAGACGCUUUUCAAUCUGCAAAAGGUCAACGUGACUAUCAAAGAGCAACCGGAUGCCAAGCCGCUCUCCCUCAGCAAGGGCGGCGAGAUCCGUUUCGAGAAUGUCAACUUUGGAUACCACCCCGAUCGUCCCAUUCUUCGUGAUCUAACCCUCACCAUCCCAGCCGGCAAGAAGGUGGCUAUAGUAGGUCCCAGUGGCUGCGGAAAGUCGACGCUUCUUAGACUGCUUUUCAGGUUCUACGACGCGCAGUCUGGCAGAAUUCUGAUCGACGACCAGGACAUCCGCAGCGUGCAGCUGGACUCACUUCGUAGGAGCAUCGGCGUCGUGCCGCAGGACACCCCGCUCUUUAAUGAAACUGUGGAGCUCAACAUCCGAUACGGCGACAUGUCGGCGCCGCGGGAGCAGGUCGUGGCAGCGGCGAAACGUGCUCGCAUCCACGAUACGGUGGAGUCAUGGCCUGACGGAUAUGCGACCAAGGUCGGCGAGAGGGGGCUGAUGAUAUCAGGAGGCGAGAAGCAAAGACUCGCCGUGUCACGGCUGCUGCUCAAGGACCCGCCGCUGCUGUUUUUCGAUGAGGCUACGAGUGCAUUGGAUACGCAUACGGAGCAGGCUCUGAUGCAGAACAUCAACUCGAUCUUGCGUGAAAAGAAGCGCACCAGCGUUUUUGUUGCACAUCGACUGCGGACCAUCUUCGACUCUGAUCUCAUCAUUGUUCUCAAGGAUGGGCAUGUAGCCGAGAUGGGCUCUCACAAGGAGUUGAUUGACCGAGGUGGUGUGUAUUCUGAGCUGUGGAGUGCGCAAGAAACACUGUUCAACGCGGAUGGGUCGGAGAAAAACGAAGAACCGCCGCAGCAGGGCGGUCGACCCAGAUCACCGCCACACACCCUUGUCGACAGAUGUCGGCCGUCCAUGGCGUCUUUCUCCGGCGACUUGGGCAGCAUCUUGCUGUCGCUGCCGCUGCCGCUGCCAGGGCCCACCGCCUUCUUGCUGAGUCUGCUGCUGCUGCCGCUGCCACCGCUGCUCGGGAACAAACCCCGGUCCUUGACGGGCGUUUCGUCAAACUCCUCGCCCCGCAGGGGCCAGAAGGUCUUGGACAGCUUGCGCGGCGGGGCGACGCUGUAUGCGGGCGGGGGGCUGGACGGCGCCGGAGCCGGAGGUGGCGCUCUGGUCUCGUCGACCGCUGGUGCUGGUGCUGGUGCCGAUGCUGGUGCUGGCGUCUGUAGUGCUCUCGCUCGCUGUAGCGGCCGACGGCGGUCAGGGUCCGGGAUCGACUGGUGCACCUGGGCUCGCGGUAUCUCGCCCUGGCCUCUGGCUCGUCGCCGGGCUGCACAGCGGCCUCCUACGGCGUGGGGGCCGCAGCCGACCGAGGUCCUAUUGUGGGAGCAUCUACGGCCCAUUGUGGGGGUUUUUUUUUCGCUUCUGAUUUUCAAAUGUGUUCACUCGAGGGGUGGGCUUGGCUGGGAAUAUCCAGUCGUCUCUUAUCAGUUAGGGGACAGGUGA